AUGAAGACUAUUGGUGUGAUUCUACGAUCAGCAAAACUAAUGAGUAGCGUGGCAGCAGAAGCUGCAACUAACGGUCUUCCAAUGAACAAUGUAAUUCGUUUGGGGGAAGGACCUUCCUUAGCCUCUCAUGCUGAAAGAGCUGCUGCUGCUGCAUUACUUGCUGGCCAUGUAAUUUCUGUGCCAACUGAUACACUCUAUGGAAUUGCUGCUUUAGCUCAGAACAAUACAGCUAUAGAAAGGAUUUAUGAGAUUAAAAGGCGUAGUUCUACUAAACCUCUGGCUAUAUGUGUAUCAGAAGUGGACGAAGUUUACCUCUGGGGUAAAGUAACUGUACCACACUCAUUACUUACAUCAUUGCUACCGGGGCCAGUUACAUUGGUGUUUCAACGCACAGCACAACUUAAUCCUGCACUAAAUCCUGGAACUGAUUUAGUUGGUAUUCGCAUUCCCGAUGAGGAAUUUAUUAGAAGUGUUGUUAAAAGCUGCGGUUCACCUUUAGCUUUGACAAGUGCAAACAUAAGCACCAAGGCAAGCCCUCUGUGUGUUGAAGAGUUUCGUGAGCUCUGGAGCAAACUUCAUACUGUCUUUGAUGGUGGUCCUCUAGGUGAACACUUGAAAUGUAGGGAAGGAUCAACAAUCAUUGAUCUCUCUCAACCAGGGUCAUAUAGACUUAUACGAAGAGGAAUUGCUUUUGAACAAACUUCUGAGAUCCUCCAGCGUUACAAACUUUGUUUAAUUGAUUAA